AUGGCCAGGAAAUCUGCAUCGAAACGUCUCCAAGCUGAGAAAAAGGCGAAGGCUGAAGAAACCGUCGAAUUGCCACCGAAAGACGAGUCUCAAGAUCUUGUUGAUGGACUGAACACCAUGUCUAUUCAAAGUGGUGAGUCAAGACUUAAUCUAAUAAACAAAGUUAUAUUUAUUUUCUGAAACGAAAAAAACUUGCGUGAAAAACUUUCAAUUGGAAAUGUUUCAGAUCGCGCCGAGACUCGUAUGAAGACCAGCUCUUCGUGGAACUUGAAGGCCGCUCCAUUCACGCCGUCAUCUGAGAAGAAUACGAAGGACAAGUCCAAAGAAGAAUCUCCGGCAGACGAGAACAAUGCCGAAUUCAGUUCUGUAUCGUACUGGGCGCCAUCGGACAUGGCUUACAGAAGACGUGAGUUUCCUUUUUUGAGUGGCUAGUAACUGAUCAAUAUUCGAAAACCACUAAAACUACCAUUUUCAGGCCUUUGGUCGCCUCCACCCAAGAAAGUUUCUGACGACAAAAAGGCUUCCAAGGGUAAGUUCUUCUUAUAUUUUGAAUGAAACAUAAUUAUUUUAUGACAAAACGAAUUUUAAUCUUUUCGUGAUGGAAAAACUACUUAUUGGAAAAAAAUAACGCGUUUAAAUUAUUUUAGAAUCUCUUCCUGCGCACGGUUUGAACACGACGACAGAUGAGCCUCGAGGCAUUGACGCGUCGCUCAAUAGGUCGAUGGAUUCGCGAGUUCAAUCGGUUCAUGACCUUUUCAACAAGUUAGUUUCUGUUACAUUGGAAGAGUAACCAUAGAAAGCCGAAAAAGUAGCUCUCGACAGAAUUUCAUCCUAGAAAUCGCCAGUAUUAAGUAAAUUGGAAUAACAACUCAAACAAAAUUAUCAUAUCGACAAAGAAAUUUAAGAAAAACUUUCAGAAAACCUUCGGUCGCCUACGAACGUCUGCGCGUGAGCGUCGUCUUCCAAGGAAAAGGUAGACUUUUUAUCAUUUUUCUCUUCGAAAGAACUGAAUUUUUCAGUCUUGGGACCGGUCAACUUCACUUUGAACUGUAUUCAAAAGAUCUCCGGGUGCAAAAUUCGAUUGAACGCUGCUUACCUUCGUCCAAGAACGGCUUUCAACUUUUCACUUGAUCGGAACCCCGGUGAGUUAUUUUGUACUGCAAUCUAGUUUCCUUUGCAAUAAUUGUUCUGCAACUUUGAUAUAACUUAACGAUCUUUUUUAUUUCUAAAUAUAAGUUUUGUUUUCAGGAAAGUAUUCAUCACGCCAAGUCGCUCAUUGUAGAGUUCAUCGAAUUCGAGUGCUACAAACAUGGAAUUUCUUACUUUGUGAGUUUCUUUACACACAUUUUCGAUUGAUGAUAAUCAAAUUUCUUUCAGAUCUAUCCGUCGGGAGAGAUUGCUCCGGAUUUCCAAAACGUGGCUGAAUUUCCCGUCUAUGAUACUAACACAGAAGUCGUCGACGCGGAAGAUGUCCCGAACUUCAACGGUUAUCCCGAUUUCGCGGCCAACUCCGAUCAGAACGUCGUCCACAAUACGAACUUCAACGGUUAUCCCGAUUUCGCGGCCAACUCCGAUCAGAACGUCGUCAACAAUACGAACUUCAACGGUUAUCCCGAUUUCGCGGCCAACUCCGAUCAGAACGUCGUCAACAAUACGAACUUCAACGGUUAUCCCGAUUUCGCGGCCAACUCCGAUCAGAACGUCGUCAACAAUACGAACUUCAACGGUUAUCCCUGAUUUUCGCGGCCAACUCCGAUCAGAACGUCGUCAACAAUACGAACUUCAACGGUUAUCCCGAUUUCGCGGCCAACUCCGAUCAGAACGUCGUCCACAAUACGAACUUCAACGGUUAUCCCGAUUUCGCGGCCAACUCCGAUCAGAACGUCGUCAACAAUUCGAACUUCAACGGUUAUCCCGAUUUCGCGGCCAACUACGAUCAGAACGUCAACCAUACGGACGUCAAUGGGUAUCCUGUAUAUGCAGCACAGAACAAUUUCUACGACAUGAACUACAAUCCAGUCACGCCGCAAAACAAGUAA